CAAAUUAAAAUUUCAAUUCCACUAAAGCAAUUUAUCGUCGGUCUCAUAAAACCAUCGUCAUUUUCGCCCCUCACCAAAAUUUCCCUCCCUCCCAAUUCCCAUUUGCUAACGAUGACGGACAGUCAAGCCGACGAAGCCGUCACAAUGCCGAAGCAGAACCGCCGGCACCGCCUCAUCGCCGUCACCGGAGCCACCGCUCUCCUUGCUCUCGCCGUCAACCUCGGAAUCACCGCCUUCAACUCUCACAGGAAAAACAGAGAGAAGAAAGAUCUUCAAGGCUCGAAGGUCCGAGUCACUCUAUCGGCGUCGGAGAUUAUCAAAUUGGCCGACCGAGUCAUUUCCAAGUCCAAAGAGGUCCACGACGCCGUGGCUUCAGUCCCGCUCGAUAAGGUUACGUAUAUGAAUGUUAUAUCACCUCUAGCUGAAUUAGAAGCGCAGCAAUUUCCACUUGUUCAGUCUUGUGUGUUUCCAAAGAUGGUAUCUACUAGUGAUGAUGUUAGGAAAGCAAGUGCCGAGGCCGAGCGGAGAAUCGACGCGCAUGUUCUGGCUUGCAGAAUGCGUGAGGAUGUGUACCAUGUUGUCAAAGCUUUUGCUACGAGAGGAGAGUGGCUGACUGCUGAAGCAAAGCAGUAUACUCUAGCCUUGAUGAGAGACUUUGAACGCAAUGGGUUGAAUCUUACUUUAACUAAGAGAGAGGAGAUGCAGCGUGUGAGAGUCCAGAUUGAUGAGCUAAGCUUGCGAUAUAUCCAAAGUCUACAAGAGGACUGUUCUUUCAUUGCCUUCACUGAGACUGAAUUGUCUGGUCUACCACAAGAGUUUCUUAAGAGCUUAGACAAAGGUGACAACGGUAAGUUGAAGGUGACCCUGAAAAGUCAUCAUGUGGCGGCAGUAUUAGAACUCUGUGAGGUUGGAAGAACAAGGAAGAUGGUAGCACUUGAAUAUGGAAAGAGAUGUGGAGAAGUCAACCUUUCUAUCUUAGAAGAUUUGGUUCAACUUCGCCAUAAGUUUGCCCGCUUACUGGGCUAUUCCAAUUAUGCCGACUAUGCUGUUGAUCUUAGGAUGGCAAAGACACCCACCAAGGUUUUUGAGUUCUUAGAGGACAUCUCCAAUAGUUUGGCCGACUCAGCUACCAUGGAGCUUUCUAUUUUGAAAGAUUUGAAGAAAAAGGAGGAAGGAGAUUAUCCAUUUGGAGUUGAGGAUAUACCAUACUAUUUGAAAAAGGCUGAAGAUCAACAGUUUAAUUUUGGCAUUGGAGCUCUCAAGCAAUACUUUCCAGUAAACUUGGUUUUAUCUGGGGUCUUCAAAAUAGUCCAAGACCUUUUUGGUUUAAGAUUUGAGGAAAUUACAGAUGCUGAGGUUUGGCAUUCUGAUGUUUCCACAUAUUCUGUUUUUGACCUGAGUUCUGGUGAACUCUUGGGCCAUUUCUACCUUGAUAUCUAUGCAAGGGAAGGAAAAUUUAGUCAUACAUGUGUGGUGGCUCUUCAAAAUGGUGCUUUAUCAUCCAAUGGAUCACGUCAGAUCCCAGUUGCAUUAUUGAUAUCUCAAUUCCAAAAGGAUGUUGGUGGUCAUCCUGCAUUACUUCGAUUUUCUGAAGUUGUGAACCUUUUUCACGAGUUUGGCCAUGUGGUCCAACAUAUAUGUAAUCGUGCUUCGUUCUCCAAGUUUUCUGGUCUGGGAUUUGAUCCAGACUUUGUGGAGGUUCCUGCUCAGGUUCUAGAGAAUUGGUGUUAUGAAAGCUUCAGUUUAAAGUUAAUAUCCGGCUUCCAUCAGGACAUAACAAUGCCUAUCAACGAUGAAAUGUGCAAAUCCAUCAAAAAAUGGCAAUAUUCCUUUUCGGCUCUCAAAAUGAAGCAACAAAUUCUUUAUUGUCUGUUCGACCAAAUCAUACAUUCUGCUGAAAAUGUUGACAUAGUUGAGUUAUUCAAGCAUCUUCAUCCAAGGAUCAUGUUAGGUUUACCAGCUUUAGAGGGUGUUAAUCCAGCUUCACGGUUUCCAUCUAGUGCCAUUGGUUAUGAAGCUUCUUGUUACAGCCGUAUUUGGAGUGAGGUCUUUGCUGCGGAUAUAUUUGCGUCAAAGUUUCAUGACAGUUAUUUGAAUCAAUAUGCUGGCAUGCAGUUCAGGAACAAGGUAUUGGCCCCAGGAGGAUCAAAGGAACCGAUUGAAGUCUUAACUGGCUUUCUUGGGAGAGAACCAUCCAUUCAAGCUUUUAUCGACAGCAGAUCCCAAUACAGAUUGUAAUGCAUACAAAAUUUACCAAAGUUACGACCCCGGUCUCUUAUAAUGCAAGACACUGCUUUCUCAGUAUCUUUGCGAUUUUGUUCCAAGUAAUGAUGUUCGAUUUUUGAGGUCCAUUGCUAGGAAAUGGUAAUCAUCUCUUUUGUUUCUAGUGUUUGUAACUUAUAGAAGCAAAUGAAAUUUAAAAUCGAGGUAGGGUUUAGGCUGCUUAAGAGAGCUUUGUAGAUUUCGUCCCCUCAGAGUUGUAGUUAUUCUUCUCUGUUUUGUUUAAUGUAGUCAUAUUUUGAUCAAGAGACGACUGCACCGCGUUUUCAAUCUUUGACCUCCCCAAUGCCAUUAUACUCCAACGUAUUGUUC